AGCCCUGUGCCAGGCCUUGGGGGAGGACAGAACAGAAAGAAGGACAUGGCCCCAGGGGAUUGUGGGAAUGCUGGCCAAGCUGAACUUUGUCCUACUCCUCCUCCUUCAGCCCAGAGAUUACUUUGCUUGCCUUCUCCUUUGUGUGUGGGCUCUGUGGCUAUAGGGCUGACUCAGUGGGCAUCAUGGCUGCUCAGAAAGAUCUCUAUGAUGCCAUUGUGAUCGGGGCAGGCAUCCAGGGCUGCUUCACUGCAUACCACCUGGCCAAACACGGGAAGAGGGUCCUCCUGCUGGAACAGUUCUUCCUACCACAUUCCCGAGGAAGCUCCCAUGGGCAGAGCCGGAUAAUCCGAAGGGCAUACCCUGAAGAGUUUUAUACCCGGAUGAUGGAUGAGUGCUACCAGAUAUGGGCUCAGCUAGAGCAGGAGGCUGGAACCCAAUUACACAGGCAGACUGGACUACUGUUGUUGGGAAUGAAGGAGAAUCCAGAAUUCAAGACAAUCCAGGCUACGCUGUCUAGGCAGCGGGUAGAACACCAGCGUCUUUCAUCUGAGGAACUGAAGCAACGUUUCCCCAAUAUUCGGUUGGCCAGGGGAGAAGUGGGGCUCUUGGACAAGUCCGGAGGAGUUCUCUAUGCAGACAAGGCCCUCAGAGUCCUCCAGGAUGCAAUUCGAAAGCUCGGUGGCAUAGUGCAUGAUGGAGAGAAGGUGAUGGAGAUAAAACCAGGGCUACCAGUCUUGGUGAAAACCACCUCCAAGAGCUACCAAGCCAAGAACUUGAUCAUCACAGCAGGUCCUUGGACCAACCAGCUUCUCCGUCCCCUGGGAAUUGAGCUGCCUCUCCAGACCCUGCGGAUCAACGUGUGUUACUGGAAAGAGAAGGUUCCUGGAAGCUACAGUGUGUCUCAGGCCUUUCCGUGCUUCCUGGGCCUGGGCCUCAACCUAGCUCCCCACCACAUCUAUGGUCUGCCCUCCAGAGAGUACCCAGGGCUGAUGAAGGUCUGCUAUCACCACGGCAACAAUGCAGAGCCUGAGGAGCGGGACUGCCCCACAGCAUCCUCAGACAUCCAAGACAUCCAAAUCCUGAGCCGCUUUGUCAGAGAUCACUUACCUGACCUACACCCUGAGCCUGCCAUCACGGAACACUGCAUGUACACGAACACCCCUGAUGAGCACUUCAUUCUUGAUCGACACCCAAAGUACGACAACAUUGUCAUUGGUGCUGGAUUCUCUGGGCAUGGAUUCAAACUGUCUCCUGUUGUGGGCAAGAUCCUGUAUGAACUAAGCAUGAAAUUAACAACACACUAUGACUUGACACCUUUUCGUAUCAGCCGCUUCCCUGGCUUGGGAAAAGCUCACCUUUGACCCCUGGCUAACAGCCACCCUUCUGUACACAAGAGCUAGGAAUAAAGUCCUCUGCUGGGAAAGGCUUCUCAGAUGAAGAAAGUGACUAUGGGAUAUUAUCUUUUUCUCCUGCUGUCUUGAGCCCCCAGUAAACACCAGAUGAUUGAAUCUACCUUAUUUUCCUGGCCAGCUCCCCAGUCAGUCCCACGACUUUUAUUUUGUGUCCAGAAAGUUAAUCAGAUAUUCUAUAAUCACAGAGUAGCAAGGACCUUUGAGAUGGACAUCUUAAUGAGGAGGGGGCAUAAGGACUGGCUCAGGAGACCAAAGCAGUUGUUAAAAUUCUCUUCUCUGGGAUAUUUGAUGAGCUUGGGAUGGAAUUGACUAAAGCUGCCCAGGGGAGGGUAAACAAGAUGAUUUGUAGAUGACCUCUGUCCUUAGCGUUCCUUUUCCUAAAACUAGUUCCUUCCCCCCCCACCCCCGUCACAAACUCCCAUAAAAUUUAGCUCAUCUUGGGUGCACAAUAAAUGUUUUUUGAAAAAAAAAUGUGUUGAAUAAACAAACAAAU